AUGGUCUGCCACUCAGGAUCAGCCAGGUUUGCCCUGUUCCUGCUCUGCUGUAUGGGGACUUUGCUGUCCUCCCACACGGCCCCCAUCAGUGGCCAUGACCUAACAAAAAUAAUCUUGGAAUUGCGGUUCUCGUCUAAGGGACUCUUGAGAGAAUACAAGGAGUCGGGACUGUCGGAUUCUACGCCUUACCCACUGCCGAGUCUCACCUCCUACUGCCAACCGCCCCACAUCGCCAACAGCUUAGCCAUCCUGCCUUACUUCAGGGCGAUCAAACCAUUGUUAGAUGACGAAGCGGACAUCGAUGUUCUCAUAGAACAGCUCAACAAACUCAACAUUCCACGUGAACCAGACACAGAAGUUUCGGUGCCUGAAAAUACCUUUGAACAUAAAAGGUUCAUCGUGGCCGUUUUACAAAGGUUUUCUACGUGCAUGGACUCAGUGCAGGUGUGA